GCUCAUCGCCGUAUGUGAUUUUCUGUUGGAAUGGGCAAAGCCAUUCAUCGUUUCCGUCUGAUUUUACGACAAAUCCGCACACCUGUGACGUUGCUGAGCAGGUUUCUGGCGAUUUUUUUCGGGGCGGGUCGUCGCGCCGGCUCGCGCCGCGGCGGCUGCGAUAAGGAUUAGAUGUCUGGUAGCGACUACCAGGCCGGCCCGCGGCCGCGGCCAGUGUCAGUGAGCCUAUCGCCGCGCCCGGGUCAGUGCGCUUCCGGCUAUUGGCUCCACGGGUCACCGACGCCGACCGAGACUCUAUACCAGAGGGAGAGGUCUCAGAGCGCCGACUGCAGACGGCUACUGCGCGUAGGUCAUACACAGAGGUCGACAUGGCGAAGGUUCUGCGCAGCAUCAUGGGUCGUCGGGACAAGUCGGCCCCGACUCCGGCCGUCUCCGCUGAGCCGGAGGACGCCGACGGGCGCCAGCAGGGCGAUGGCCGCAACAUGGAGCGACGCGUCUCCAUCUCGCGCUCGGGCCGCUACAAGCAGCGCGACAAGCGGCGCAGCGGCAUCUGGGACAACCCGCAGCUGGUGCACGACAACGGCAGCACGGCAGGGCACGCGGCGCCCCCCGGGGCGCACGGGGCGCUCCACGGGGCGCCCGCGGCGCCCCCAGCAGUCCCGCCGGCCGCGCCGCCCACCAACGACAAGGAGAACAGCGACGCCGGCAGCGUGCGCAGCAAGGACAGCGUGCGCUCGCGGUGCUCCAGCGUGCUGCUGGACACGAGCCAGGUGACCCAGGAGCUGCUGGACCUGGCGGAGCAGCAGCUGACCCGCGAGCAGGCCGUGCGCGCCGUCACCGUCACCAACUUGUGACGAUCGCCGCGACAGGCGACAUAAGCUGUGAUGCAGAACCAAAGCGGCAGUACUGAGCACGACAGCCCGGCUGCGACCGUCUCGACGCCCGGCUACGCCCGUCUCGACAGCCCGGCUACGUCCGGAGCAUCAGCUGUUGGCUACGGCGACAGCACGGCGGUACGGCGGAGCACGGCACGGCGGUACGGCCGGUCAGGGUUCCUGACGAUUGCGUACCGGUAACAUCCGGAGUCUGUACGGUCAGUGGCCGCUGGCCACGGAUAAACUGAAAGCUCCGCCAGCGAUCGGGUGGCCACUAGUCGUGCACGACGGCGGGUCAAGUGCGUUAGAGACAGUGUUCAGACGAGUUGUGACAUUCUACUGAUGGACCGUGAUGGACCAUAAUCGAUAGUGUUACGUAGCAGUGGACCAGUGACUGAUAGGGCGCCGCUGAAGAGACUAAGGGGUCCGAUGUAGAUCCGACACAGCGGGCCAAGUGUCCCGACCGAUGGGGGACUGGGUUUGAUCGUGAUCGUGUGCUGAUGCGAUCGUCAGGGACUUGCCGAGGCUGAAGAAAUGGAGGCGCUAUUUCAACACAUAUAAAGCAAACGUGAUGUUGCGACUGCCAAGGCAUUCGUCAGUUGGGGCAGUGUGCGCUAGUUGUGAUUUAUUUCCCGUUUGUAGUGGUUUGGCGGAAACGCAUGGCGUAACUUUAGUGUAAUAAAUAACGCUGACACUAUGAAGCGAAUGGUGUGGUGCUAUAACUAGUUGUGUUAUGUAUGUAGUGACCGCAGAGGUCAGCUGCACUCAUAAAUCGAAUUAUUUAUCAGCCGACUGAUCGGCCGCGGACGAGUUUAAGAAGAAAAAAAAUGCCGGCGUAUUUAUACGCUCGUCAUUUGUGUCUGUCGAGAAGUUCAACUUCAAGUGAUAAGUUAGCGAAUCAACUUUUCAUUGUCGAAUUAUCAUCAAGUGUAAAAAGGUUUGCCAGUUUAUAUGACACCGCGCAACGUACGUAUCUUUAUUCUUUACCAAGCCAGACCCAUAACGCUAGUUUGCUGCCCCAUCCAUGGUAGUCUGGAAUGCAGCAGAUAGGUACCUAAGUGUUUUUGAAGGAUUUUAUGAAGCUUUGAUUAAACUGAUCAACAUCGGUAUGAUUUAAUUGUUUAGGAUUUUGCCAGUAGGCACUAGCUUCACCUUACUGCACAGUGUGUUGAGUAUUGCUGUUUUAUUGUCAUUGUUUGUGAUGUGUAUCGUGUGGAGUGUGUCGGAGCUACGACUGACAAAAUAAAAAAUGGGCUAAAACGG